AUGGUCAAACACUGGAACUACGGCAACGACGAUAUCGUGUUGGGCGCCCUCCGUGGGCUCGUGGCGCUGAACCCAGCGCUUUCGCUUAUUCCCUCUGAAAAAGUGGUUUUCAACAAGAACCACCAAGAAAAGGUCGCCAUCAUCAGUGGCGGCGGUCUGGGCCACGAACCGCUUCAUGCUGGAUUUGUGGGAGACAAUUUGCUUGACGCUGCAGUGGCAGGAACGAUCUUUGCUUCGCCUUCUACGAAACAGAUCAUGGCUGGAGUGAAAGCAACUGCUAGCAAGGACAAAGGAUUGAUUGCUGUGGUUAAAAACUACACUGGCGAUGUUUUGCACUUUGGCUUGGUCGCCGAGAGAGCAAAGAGAGACGGCUACAAGGUUGAGCUUGUGGCUGUUUCGGACGAUGUGGCUGUGGGCAGAACACAGAACGAGAUGGUUGGACGUAGAGGCAUUGCGGGCACUGCAAUCGUCCAUAAGACGUUGGGCGCUGCUAGUGCUGAAGGUGGAGCUGAGCUUGAGGAGUUGGCUGAGUUGGGAAGAGCUGUGAAUGGUGGUUUGGUCACUAUGGGUGCUUCUUUGGAUAGAACUACGGUUCCAGGCAGAGACGGCGGCGACGAGGGCGAGGUGACUGGCGAAAACACGGCAGAACUUGGUCUUGGUAUUCAUAACGAGCCGGGCGAGAAAUUGAAUCCUAUUCCAAAGGCUCAGGAAUUGGUGGAUUUGAUGUAUAAGCGUUUGUUGGAUGAGAACGAUAAGGAGCGUCAUUACCUUGAUUUCGACGAGGAGGAUGACUACGUGCUUCUUAUUAAUAACAUUGGCGGUACUUCUUCGUUGGAAUUGUACGCUUUGGCUAAUUAUGCCGUUUCCAGAGUUCCCUUGAAGAAACGUCCUUCCAGAGUGUACAUUUCCGAUUUCGUCACUUCCUUGAGCAGCCCAGGCUUCUCCAUUACCUUAUUCAACUUGGAUAAGGCCGGCACCAAGAAGUACGGCAAAUCUGACUUGCUCAGGUUCUUGGACGCUCCUACCAACGCUCCAGGCUGGAAACCCAAGAUCUACACUCCAGAACAGUGGCAGAAACCCGAACCAGAAAUCAAGGAAUCGCCUGUGGCCCACGCCGAGUACCCCAAAUCAGACGCCAAGAUCGACGCUGCUGCCUUUUCUGAAAACCUCAAGAACGCUUUGCACUUGUUGAUCAAGAAAGAGCCAGAAAUCACCAAAUACGAUACUCAGGUCGGUGAUGGUGACUGUGGCGAGACUUUGAAGGCUGGCGCUGACGCUAUUUUGGAAGCUUUGAGCUCCAACAAGGAGUUCCAGGCCAAUUUGAGCGACGUGGUGGCCACAGUCAGUGCCAUUACUGAGAUUGUGGAAGAUAAGAUGGGAGGCACUUCUGGAGGUAUCUAUGCCAUCUACUUAACCAGUUUUGCAAAGAACUUGCAGCAGGCCAAGUCUGUGGACACGAAGCUGGUGGCCAAGGCAAUGUCGGAUGCACUUUACGAAGGUUUGUUCAAGUACACUAAGGCCAGAAAGGGCGGUCGUACUUUGGUCGACACUUUGCAGCCAUUUGUGGAUACUUUGGUGGAAACUGGCGAUGUGGAUAAGCUGGUGGACGCCGCCAAAGCUUCCUGUGACAACACUGCCAAGUUGCAGGCCAAGUUUGGACGUGCUUCUUAUGUGAACGAGGAAGAGUUUGCUGGAGGAGUUCCAGAUCCAGGUGCUGUUGGUCUUUUGGCCAUCAUCCAGGGAUUCCUCGGCAAACAAUAA